UAUGACGGUUUUUAAGGUCCCAGUCCCUUCUAGUAUAUUUGUUACCGAAUUUGAUGAUUUCUAUUUUUAUUUAGUUUAUAAAUUUUUAAAGAUUGCUUCUCCAGCAACAACUCCAAAAUCUGGUGACAAAAUGUUUUCAAUUGGUUCAUUAUCAUUAAACGCUGCACCUGAUUUGGAUUUAUAUUCGCCUAUUUUGCCUCCUCCAAAAAUUUCUUCUGCUGGAAAUACUCCAGCAGCAAAAGGAAAAUAUGGGCCUUUAAUGCCGUCAAAAGAUGCGAGUAAAUUGCUUGGAUUUGCAACACCCGAUUCAGAAGUAUGUCAAAAGAAGAAAUAUGCAAAAGAAGCAUGGCCUCUCGAAACAAGACCUCGUUCUCAUUCUGGGGUUAUUUAA